CAUUUCGAACAAUUAGUAAGUGACAUAUUCGUAUACGACCUACUGUUAGAAGUUUAUCAGAGUUUAAAUUUUUAUGUGAAUCUCUCUUUACAAAAUGACGUAAAUAUCUCGAUAUAUAUGUCAAAAAUUAACUUUCGUUAUCAAUCAACUCAUAACUUCAUCGAAAUUUUUCGUUUCACACCAUGAACAACCACCCAUUUAUUUUAAACAGUACCAAUGUUAUUGAUGAAUCAUUUUUUACAGCAACCCCAACAUUUGUGAACGGUCAAAACGUUUUCGUAUCUCAAGAAAAACAAAGAAAAUUAUUUGAUACUUUGAGUACUACCAUAACAGGAACACCACAAUCCUCCGGGUAUCCCCAAUUUUAUUCAGGGAAUUACAUCCAAGCCGAACGAUAUUACGGUCCUCACGGGAUCGUUUACUCUUUCCCAUCAACACAUCCUAAUCCACAAAUAAACCGGUGGUCUGGAAAUUCUUAUCCUCUAUCACCGAAUGUAUUAAGAACCGAUUUACCUAAUUCUUCGAGUCCCUCUUACCCCAUAACUUAUCCAGGAAUGGGUUUAAGGUCGCCAGAAUAUCAAGAACAAUUAGCACAGAAUCCGUUUUAUUUUCAAGCACAGCAAUUACCUGCGUAUAAAUUUAAAUUCCAUUUAAAUGAAAGUACUUCUUGUUCGGAUUUGUUAAAUACUAAUAACCAAGUACCCGGUUUUCGUAAGUAUUGUUGCCGUUUAUAAAAAUGAAAUUUCCGCUCAUAUCAAACACUUGGUGAAGAUUUUGAUUCUUAAAUGUUUCUUUUAGAAGGAACUCCUGAUUUUCAAAAUCUCGCCGGUAUUAUGUAUCAACAAGGAUCCCACAUUCGAUAUCAAGGUACAUAUUUAAAAACUAUUUUUUUCCCAAUUUUUACAUUCUUUUGACAGAUUGCAAAGUCAUAGAAAUAUGUG